AUGGGAAUAUCGGGAGAAAUGAGCGAUGGCGAGACGAAAGCGACUGAGGUUGAGAGCGGGUCUCAAGGAGCACAGUGGCGAGGGUUCGAGCCACCUUCCUUCCCCGCUGUCGCCGCUACACGUCCUGUGACGGUUCACGCGUUUCCGUCGGGCGGGUACGUGUGGGACGUGGCGGCGGCAGAGCAGAUUCGACUAGAGCACGGCAUAGUCGGCACCAUGGCGGGAGGCCUGCCGGGAUUCGCGCUGCAGAACAAGGUCAAGGGCCUGCCGCUGCUGCUCUCGCUGGAAGAGCUCGCUGCAGCAGCGACCAUGGGCGUCGCACGGCUACAAGUCCUCGGGAAUGACGUUGCAGCAACGACCGCGCUACCGUCCGUUGUGACAAAUCCAGACCUUGACCCUAUUUCUUCACAAGAUUUACCUCGCUUGAACCCCUCUGGCUCUGGUUGCGACGCUCUCUGUUUACGGCCACCAACGGGAUCAGCAGCAGCAACAGGCCUAGUCGCUUCCGCUGACCAGCGCGCGCCGCCGGUCGAGUCGGCAGCAGCAGCGCAGCUCAACGCGGAUGUCGCGGCCCAAACACACGAGCCGCCAGCACCAGCGCCGCCGCCGCCGCAGCAGCAGCAGCAGCAGCAGCAGAGUCUGGUCCUGCCUGCAGAAGCUCAUGCGCCGCAGGCAAGCGAGACUACGGGGGAACCUGGGACGGUGGAGUGUGGAAGGCUGGACCGGAUGGCUGCGUCUCGCUGCUCACACCCCUGCCUGCUCGCGUCUAGCUGUCCCCACCAGCCUCCCUGCUCCGUGCCACACGCCCUCCACACUGCCAGGGAGGCUUCCUUCAGCGAAAAGUUCCGGCUGCCCGUAACGGAGGGGGACGUGGAGGUAGCAGCGGAGUGGUUGGGCGCUUCAGGGCGUGGGGUGCAGCGGCAGAGGGAUGGCAGUGCUGCUCCAGCUGCGAUGGGGGAACGCGGCUGGAGUGUGGCUGUGGAUUGUACUGAGGAGAAGGUUGCUGGUGGAGAGGAGAAGGGCAAUGGUGGGGAAGAUAGGAACCAAAGCGGAGGUCGAAGCAGAGGAGCGGAGGACAUGGGCAGAGAGUGGCAUGAUGAUGACGGAGAAGGAGUGAGCAACGGCACGAACACCACAUCCCCCAGCACUUGCUGCAAGCAUCAUCCGCCGUCUUCCUCCUCCCUGCCCCUCGCCCCACCGCAUGCGCGCACCUCCCUGCUGUCCAUGCUCGCGUCUCUGCUCAGCAGCAGCAGCCCUGCAGUGCGCCUGCGCUGCGUGGUCUACGCGGACCUGCUCGCCCGCUCCUGCCGCAUGACGUGCGGGCUGCGCUUCGGUGCACACUGGCUGGUGUACCCGGGUGGUGCAGACCCCUGCGACCUGCAUGCGCCCUGCAUGCUGCGCGUGCAGCGGCAGCACGAAGGGAUCUCAGCGCAGCUGCUGCUGGCGGCUGCACGUGUGGCCAUGGCUUCCAGGAAAAGGCUCGUGCUCGCUACUGCCUCUGAGGAGCUGCUGCAGGAGGGAGGGUUCUGGGAGUGGUUUGUGGAGCGGUAUGGGGCGGUGCAGGUGGAGCGGAGGGAUGGGGAAGAGUGCGAGAGGCUGGUGAGAGGAAUACUGGAGGUUGGGUUAAGGGGAGGGGAGCAGGGUGGGUUGGCGCAAGUUGGGGAUGAUGCGGGAGCGGAACAUGAGGAGAUUGCCAGACCGAUUCUCAAGGAUGGAAGGGGUUCAGAGCAGGGAGGAGGAGAGGCUGGUGAGCGUGGGGCAGCAGAAAGCAGAGGCAUGUGUGGGGGUGAGCAAGGAUGGGAGAAGCAGGAUACGAAAGCGGGAGCGUGUGUGAGAGGAGGAGGGGAGUGGGUGGAGUACACGACAGUGGUGACUGACCUGGACUUCCUGCCUCUAGAGCUGCGCACCCAGAACCCCCUCAAGGCCAAGAUGCUGCAACAAGGACAGCAGGUCGGCGCUCGAAGGAGCAGGAAGCCUAGUGUUGUGUAG